CUAUAAAAGCUCCCCUCGCUGCGGCGACAAGGACACAAGAAAAACGCCAAGCAACGAUCAGAAGCUCACCAAAUCACUCAAAUCCUCACUUGGGAACCUCGAUUCGUCCAAACCACCAGCAAGAAAUCCCACUGACCAUGUCGCUGAUCCGACGCAGCAACGUGUUCGACCCCUUCUCCCUCGAUCUCUGGGACCCCUUCGAGGGCUUCCCCUUCGGCUCCGGCAGCAGCAGCGGCAGCCUCUUCCCCUCGUUCCCCCGCACCAGCUCGGAGACCGCGGCCUUCGCCGGCGCGAGGAUCGACUGGAAGGAGACACCCGAGGCGCACGUGUUCAAGGCGGACGUCCCGGGGCUCAAGAAGGAGGAGGUGAAGGUGGAGGUCGAGGACGGCAACGUCCUCCAGAUCAGCGGCGAGCGCAACAAGGAGCAGGAGGAGAAGACGGACACCUGGCACCGCGUGGAGCGCAGCAGCGGCAAGUUCUUGCGCAGGUUCCGGCUCCCCGAGAACGCCAAGACGGAGCAGAUCAGGGCGUCCAUGGAGAACGGCGUGCUCACUGUCACCGUGCCCAAGGAGGAGGUGAAGAAGCCCGAGGUGAAGUCCAUCCAGAUCUCCGGUUAGACAUCGUCGUGCCUGCCUGAUGGGAGUGAAGGAUGCUGCCUACCGGAGUCCGCCUGGUUCGUUCUGGCGAAAUAAAAAUCGGGUUCGGCGUUGUGGUCUCGUGUGGUGUCAGAGUCUGCGUGAAGAGCAUGUGGUCUGAAACGACGAGCGUCCCUGCGUCUCAUCUUGGCAUUGUUGAAUCCAGUUUGUGUUCAUUAGUGUGUGUAUGGUCUAUGUAUCUAUUUCCCAUCUAAUGAACUUCAGUGUUGUGUCGUAAAA